AUGCCGCUCACUGGCCAAAGUCCCACCGUGCCGCCGAAAGGCAAUGUCACCGCGAUCCCCGAAACCCUGAAGCCGUUUUGGCUGCCACCGGACGACGAGCAUUUCCUCCUGCAGAAUGCGGUGGAGUCGCGCGCACGCCGCGAGCGGCCGGCGGUGCAGCAGGGCCGCCGCAAGAAGCCGUCUGGCGAGGCGGCGCCGCGCAGGCUGGGGGCCAAGAGGGGGGCCGCCCCCGCAGCCGGCGCGCACCCCCUGCGGCCCGCCGAGUUCUGCACCAUGCAGCGCGCCGCCAUGAAGCACCGCACUACGUUGCGACGCUACAUCUCGGAGGUGCGGGACGUGCUGCGCAUGCGCCUGUGCGCCGCCCAGGGGAGGGACGAGCGGCUGCGCCUGCAGGCGUGCAUGCAGGCCGAGCGCGCCCGCCUCACCGUCGCGGGCGAGACCAUCCAGAACCACGUGGAGGAGCUGCAGGCCUUCCUCGAACAGGACUGCAGCGAGACGCAGGAGCUCCGCAAAAUGGCAGAGGAACAGUCUCAGCUGGAGAGCAGUCUGGAGCAGGAGUACGUGGACCUGCGUGCACAGCUGGCUGCAUCCGAGCGCCGUGUCUACUUGCUGGCAGAGAAGUGGCUGAAGGCCAAGGUCUACCAGAACUUCCUCAUACAGGUGAGCCCGAUGUGGUGGCGGAAGCAGUACGACCCGGCGCUGCAGGAGUCGGAGCAGAAGGAGGCGGCCGUGGUGGAGUCCCUGGAGAAGUCGCUGCAGCGUUACCAGCCGCAGCCCGCCACGCUCGACGCCAUGCUCGCCGUCUUCCAGGAGGACAUGCGCGGCCGCGAGGAUGAAGAUACCGAGGAAGUCCAAACAGUCCCACUGUUCUUCAAGGACCCGGAGGAGCUGAUGAGUGUUUUCGACGCGAUGGAGCGCCACAUUCUGAACUCACUGCUGCUCACAGAGGAGCUGUGGGCACCGCUCGAGGCUAUGCGACACGACCUGAACCAGACGAUCACGGAGCAGCAGCAGCAGCUGGCCUACGUGAACGACCACAUCAGCGACCUGGAGCGCAGCGUGUCGUGGGAGACGGCCCGCGCCAGGGACCUGGAGGCGCGCACGCGACACCUGCUGCGGGGCCGCUUCUCGCGGCUGCUCGUCAGCGACGACGCCCUCUGCCUCUACGUCUGCGUCGAGGACGCCUACGAGGCCUGCGUCGGCCCCAACGACGACAAGCUCGGCCUGCUCGACAUGAUGACCGCCGUCGAGAACAAGUACUGGUCCCUGCUUCGGGAACUGGACGCCUUGCCGGCUUCUAUCGUGGCACACUCCAGGCGAAUCGUGCACAUUGAAGAGCGCCGGCGCAUGCGCAGAGCGCACACCGCAGAGCAGAUUGUGCAGCGUCUACGCAGGGGCGAACACCGGCUUUUACAUGUAAGUGUGUAA